AUGCCAAGGGCAGAAAAAAAAUCACCACCAAAGCCCCUCAGAGUACUCAAUAUCAACUUCCAAUCUAUCAGAAACAAAAAACAUCUCCUCUGCAAUAUCUUAGAGAGUUCUAAACCUGACAUCAUCCUAGGCACAGAAACAUGGCUAAACCCAAAUAUCGGUGAUGCAGAAAUAUUUCCUCCUGACUUUACCAUCUAUAGAAAUGAUAGAAAAAAGGAUGACACUAGCAAAGAUGGGGGUGGAGUUCUAAUAGCCAUAAAUAACCAAUACAUCAGCUCUGAAGUUGAGGUCCUCGCACCACCUCAGGAUUGCGAAAUAAUCUGGGCCAAGAUAGACAUUGUAGGCAGUACGUCACUAUAUCUCUGCUCCUACUACAAACCUAAGACCACAGACGAUAGAAGUUCCGGAGGUUUUGAUAUAUCCAUUAGGCGUGCCACCCAAAUUCAAAAUGCCUCCUUCCUCAUUGGGGGAGACUUUAACCUCCCAGGCAUUGACUGGAAAAAUAUGCAACUCAAACCAAAUUGUGCUAAUCAAGCUAUCCAUACAGAUUUCCUCAGCCUUUUAGACGACACUGGACUUACCCAGCUGGUAACUGAUCCCACCCGAAAUGAAAACACUCUUGAUCUCCUCAUCACCAAUUCAUCCACCCUCUUCCAACGUUUAGAAAUCAUGCCCGGUAUCUCAGAUCACGAUAUUGUUUUCGCUGAAAUGCAGUGUACCCCUAGAAAAAUAGCCCAGAAACCCCGCCAAAUUCCACUCUAUAGAAAAGCAAACUGGGACCAAAUUAAAGUUAAAUUGAACUCUACAUUUGUAUCUCUCCCAGACGGGGACCAGAAUGAUGUUAACUAUCUCUGGAAUCACUUCAAAAACACUGUCUCUGAAUGCAUAAGGGAAUUUAUUCCACAUCGAAACGCCAAAAGCAAAGAUGGAAACCCAUGGAUAACACCCAAAAUUAAGCGCCUGAUCAGCACCAAAUUUAGACUUUACAAAAAAAUGAAAAAAUCAGGACGCACAGAAGAUAGAGACAAAUACAAAUUACUAAAGAGCAACACACAAAAACUCAUUAGGCAGUCAUAUUGGAAAUAUAUUGAAGAUGUUGUCUCCCCCCCUAUUUCUUCUUCUGGCGAAAACGACUACUCACCAAUGAAACGCUUCUGGACAUACAUUAAACACAAAAAAGCAAACUAUUCAGGUGUCCCCUCUUUAAAAAGUGAUGGGAAACUAAUAACUGAUCCCUCAACAAAGGCAGACAUCUUAAAUAAACAAUUUCAGUCUGUGUUUACACCAUCAGAACACUUCUCAGAUGCACAGCUCACACAAAAAUAUAACCUGGGCCUUCCAACAUUUCCACCCAUUGAAGACAUCACCAUCACUGUAGAGGGUGUAAAGAAACUCCUCCUAAACCUUAAACCCGCAAAGGCCCCAGGCCCAGACGGUAUCAAACCAAAAAUUUUUGAAAGAACUUGCAACAGAAAUAGCUCCAAUACUGGCACACAUUUUCCAACAGUCUCUAAAUACUGGCGUAGUCCCUCUUGA